UAAAUUUUAUUUUUUUUACAAAAAUAUGACAUUCAAAAAUGUUGAAGAAAAAAGACCAAUCUAGACCAAAGUCAGAUAUAAUGAGGCCAACGCCUGCUGGUCUGUCUGGGGAAAGAUAUGAGGGGUUUCAUUGCUGCUGCACUAUCUUGCUCCCUGCGUGGAGUCGGAACUCGGGGGUGUGAAUGAGCAGAAACUCGCGACUGGUUGGAGAGCUGGUGACAAACAGUCCGGAUUGGCACCUCAAAACGCCGAGCAAAAACCUGACGGACGGUCAAACUGCUUAAAUUCCUCAGCAGCGUUUAUCCUCAAAAGUAAAAGGGAGCCUCUACUUUUUCAGAAGUGGUCAAACAAUGGACAGGGAGAGCGCGUUUUAUCGCUGAAUGCUCACGGAACGUGACUGAUGUUUUGUAAAGACUGCCGCUGCUGCACGGACCGGGCCGUGGAGGAGCCACAAAGCGAAGAGAAGGACAGCAGAAGUCAAAGAGACGGCGCUCCACAGAGGAAGGAGGGCAACGCAGGACGCGUGUGUGCAGAGAAGCAGUGCCCUAGAUCUGAAUAACCUCUGAGUUUCUCUGUCAUUCAGGGCUCCGUUCAUGCCAUUUUCCAACCCGCACCUGGAAAAACAAAGGGAAAUGCGUUCAGUGGCAGCACAUCUCCAUGCGUAAAUGGAGCCCCGUCGGCGCGUAUUCGCUGCACUUUUUCAGUAUAAUAAAUUACGGUUGUCACUAACUCUUGUCCUGUCCCAUGACCACACGGCUAUAGAUGCAUUAUAGACUUCCUCAUACUUCACAUCUACCAUGAGUGAUGGCGAUGCCUGCAGAAUCUGACAGUGCCGGUGCGCAGAGCGCUCAUGAAAAAAGCAUCGGCGCACCGGAUCGCAAUGGUUAUGUGAAAACAUGUGUCAUCCCACUGUGCAGUGACCGAGAUUACGAGUCGUGGGUGAGGCUAAUGUUCACAAAAAUACGGAGUUCCCAGAGACUCCGGAGUGCGGUGUGUGUGGGGUCGCUCUCUGUUUUUCUCGCUCUGUUGGUCAAAUGUGCAGACUGGAGAGCUGAAGCCAGCAGCGCUGACAACAGACCCUCGCAUUCAUCGUCUCUCCUUCACUUCGUUUCAGGCUGCGCGGCGGAGCUGUCGCAAACUUGCUGGAGUGUUGUUUCCUCUUUGUUCACCCUGGUAUGUGCCUUCUUUUGGGUCGGUGUCUACUUAAUCCGCUGCGGAGUUCUAAUCCAGACCGCCCUCUCCCUCCUAACCUUGUGCCACCUGGGCGAAGCAGCAGCGUGGUCUCUCCUGGACGGGACAGAUGAGCAGCUAUUUUCAUUCACGACAGCAGCCGUGGUCGUGCUCAUCUGCGUGGCCACCGGCGCACUCAUGGUAGCGCGGCUGAAUCAGGGCAUAUCUGUGGUCGUUUUCAUUAGCCUAGUCAGGACUGUCUCACUUUUCUCGCUGCACAAAGUACGAGCCACUUGGAGACCGUACGUAGCGUACCUGGUUGGAGUGCUGGGCAUCCUGCUGGCGAGGUAUGCUGACAAGCUCCUUCCCAACCAAGGGAGACACAAGGAGGGCUGCACCCCCGUGACUGGAGCUAGGGAAGAGAUCCCUGUAUUUAAAAGGCGCAGGAGGUCCAGUUCUGUGAUAGCCUCAGACAUGGCACACAGUCAGUCCAACAGUAAGUCACAUCGCCGGACCUCUCUGCCAUGCAUCCAGAGGGACCAGAUGCUCCCCCGUUCGGAUUGGGACCACAAGAGAGGCUCCCGGGGAUCACAGUCAUCCGGCACCACUGUCAUGGUGGACAUAGCAGUGAUGGGAGAAGCCCACGGACUAAUCACAGACCUGCUGGCUGACCCCUCUCUGCCCCCCAACACCUGCACCUCACUGCGGGCCGUCAGCAACCUGCUAACCACCCAGCUCACCUUCCAGUCGCUGCACCGGCCGCGCCCCGCUCCACUGCUUAACCCCGGCGAUGCCUACACAUUAUCCGACUCAGAGGAGGGGCCAGAGAAAGGGGAGAAGACGUCCAUCCAUAAGCGUCUGAGGCGAAGUCUCCACCCUGGUCUUCUGAGGAGGAUCUCUUCCACGUGGACCACCACCACCUCCGCCACAGGCCUGCCCACCAUUGAGCCUGGGCCCGUCCGAAGGGACCGCAGCGCCAGCAUCAAACCCUACCAUGAAGCACUCACCUGCAGCUGUGGGAGACCAUACAUCAGACUGAGCCAUGGGGAGGGUUCUAUAGACAAGGGAGACAGGAUACCACGGUCAGCGGAGGACCAAGUGGUGGCGUCAUCAGACUAUGACAGCACCCACGAAGCCAACCACGGUGACAGCAGUGAUGUAGCACACACAGAGGAGGACACAGAGGAAGGAAAAAACCCCGCCCAGAAUGUCAUCCUCCACCCACUAAUACCUCCUGAGCACUUGUCACAGGACAAACCAAUUCUGGCUCCAGAGCCGUUAGUUAUGGAGGACUUAGAGCCUUUGAUGAGUCAGCUAAAUAAUUGGAACUUCCCCAUAUUCAGUUUGAUGGAGAAGACAAAUGGGAAAUGUGGACGGAUCCUCAGUCAGGUCUCCUACAGGCUCUUUGAAGACACUGGCCUGUUUGAGACCUUCAAGAUCCCUGUAAAUGAAUUCAUGAACUACUUCCAUGCCCUUGAGAAUGGUUACAGAGACAUACCAUAUCACAACCGGGUCCACGCCACAGAUGUGCUUCAUGCGGUCUGGUACCUCACCACGCAGGCUGUGCCUGGUCUGCCCAGCCUCAUUACUGACCACGGCUCUGCCAGUGACUCAGACUCCGACAGUGGAAUAACACACAGUCAUAUGGGCUUCCUGGUUUCAAAGACCUACACUGUGUCAGAAGAUGGUUACGGCUGCCUGUCAGGCCUCAUACCUGCUCUGGAGCUCAUGGCCCUUUAUGUGGCCGCUGCAAUGCACGACUACGACCACCCUGGGCGGACCAAUGCUUUCCUCGUGGCCACCAGUGCCCCACAGGCAGUGCUUUACAAUGAUCGAUCCGUCCUGGAAAACCACCACGCUGCCUCAGCCUGGAACCUCUUCAUGUCGCAGCCGGAGUACAACUUCCUCGUCAACCUGAACCACGGGGAGUUCAAGCGUUUCCGUUUCCUGGUCAUUGAGGCCAUAUUGGCCACUGAUCUGAAGAAGCACUUUGACUUCCUAGCUGAGUUCAAUGCCAAGGUGGGGGAUGAUCCAUCCACGGGUAUUGAUUGGUCUAAUGAGAACGACAGGUUGCUGGUCUGCCAGAUGUGCAUUAAACUGGCUGACAUCAACGGGCCUCUGAAGCACAAGGACCUGCAUCUGCUAUGGACCGAGGGCAUCGUCAACGAGUUCUAUGAACAGGGCGAUGAGGAGUCCAGCCAGGGCCUCACGAUCAGCCCCUUCAUGGACCGAGCGGCACCACAGUUGGCCAAACUCCAGGAAUCAUUCAUCACACACAUUGUGGGACCGCUGUGCAACUCCUACGACUCAGCCAGCCUCAUUCCUGGACGAUGGGUGGAGCCCAACCCGGAGGCAGAGGAGCCAGAGAUCACCGAGAAUGAGGAGGAGGACGAUGAGGACACCGCAGAGGAAGACACGUCCACCAGCUCAGAAGCAUCACAGAAAGGAACAUCCAAGAACAGAAGGAAAGUCUUCUGCCAGAUCACCCACCACCUGCUGGAGAACCACGAGAUGUGGAAGAAGGUGAUCGCAGAGGAGGCCCAGAAACAGGGCCAAGGAGCAGAAUCUGUCCAUUUAAACAAUGUAGCCGAGCCAAUCCUGGCUAUUCACGAGGAGGAGGAGGAGCCAGGCAGCCGAGAGGAGCUAGUAGAAGGAGAGGAUCCAGAGGAGGGGGUGGAGGAACCAGAGUGGCCCGUUUCUCCGCAGGAGGACUCUGAACCUCCAGUGGAACUAGCGGAGGGGGACCCACAGUGAAACAGCCUAUUGGAAAUAUGGCGCCAGUCAGGGCAAGGACAUGAAGAAGUAUUUCUUGUUUUCUUAUCCUAUCAACUGACCCCUGUCUUUGCCAGCACUUCACUUUGACACAACACUGUAGAUGUUUGGGAAAUGUGUGCCUAUACAGAAAAAAAAAAACAGGGUGGGAAAAUUUGUGCUUUACACAUUUUAUCUGAAUAUCUGGUUUCACCAAACAGUUAAAGGAGCUUUCCAUUUUGCAAUACAGGAUUAUUUGUGUACUUUGGGAUACAGACUCUUUUGCUACUGUCAAGAGAAGAGGAAAACUGCUCGCACAGACCUCAACCCAAUGUGGUAACACAGGACUGCAGAAAUUUGCUGCCAAUUUAUACAUAAUUAUUUUCUGAAUGCAAUUAUAUAUAGACAUCACAGUUACUUGUACUUGUGUUUCAAUUUUAGCAAGAGUUUUUGGAGGUCUCACAUGGGCCAUAAUAUGUUUUCUUUUUCUAUAUAUGGAUUAUAAAGGGAGUCAAUCAAAUGAGGAACAUUGGCGCAUCAUUUAUUCCUUCCAACUUCAGCCAAAAUGAAUCGCUCACCCGUAGGAUUUAGCAUAUGAAAUCAAAUGAUAGCACUUUUUUGUCUUACAUUUGUUGCCAAAAGAAGUACUUUAUACGAUUUGGUGUAUCCAUAUGACUUUAUGGUUGGAGACUCGAGGCUCCUUACACUCCUGUAUUUGUGUGCGUGCGUGUGUGUCUGCAUGUUUAAAUUAGUGCGCUCAAAUGCACAAUCCUUCUGCAGAGAACAUAGAUAGAUUUAGCAGAUUUAUCCGUGCCACCUCUGGUCUCCAGCCCCAUGGUGAAUAUAGUGGUCAUUACAGGGUUCACUGUUUCUAAUGUGGUCCAGAGGCCUGCUCUGACGAGGCAACAAAGGGAUGUUGGAAAUGAAUCUGUGCUGAAUACAAAACCAAAAAGGGAAUACAGAACAUACAGUAAUACUACCAAAGUGUUAAGGGACAAACAACUGCAUUCUUAAAACACAAAGAACUAACUAAAUAUAUUCAACAAAAGUCACUAAAAUAAAUGAGAUGUAAAAUCAUACAAAGUUCUUUGAAGAUGGCCAUAGGUAGACUAACUAAUACACUGUCCUACAACUUUUUUGUCUUUUUAUUUGUUGUUUUUUUUGCAAUUUUUGACUCUAUGUAUUUGGAUUCAGUGUGCUGUAUUAUAGUCUUUAUUUACUGGUUCUCAUUAUGUAAAAACCUGCAAAUGAUGCUGACCUUUAACCCUCAGGAAAAACUCAACUGUUGAAAUUCAAAGUAAACAUCUGUAUCACCUGUGAGGACAGUAAGUUACAGUUACGGUUACAAAUAUGCAGGGAUAGUAAGCUUUGAAUAUGUUCAUAGAAGGCCAAGAGCCUUUAUGCCACAACCCCUUUGACUAUUACAACAUCUUUGCAUCUAAAGUAGAAAAUAUUGCUCUUAAUGAAAUGGGUAUACAUUGCAGUAAAAGUUAGAUUUUCAGUAAUGGCCAAGACGACGGUGUUGGCAUGCAGUAUGUCUUAUUUAACUUUUACUCUUUGGAACAUCAAGUUUGUCAUUUGGAUUUUCUCCCAAUGUUCCGUCCCUUAUACUUAGUCCUUGUGAAUUUAUCCCAACAUUUGGCCCUAAAAGUUUGUGUCCCAUCACUUUUUAUGGUGGAAAAUAAUUGCAUUAGUAGCACAAUGCGAUUAUAUUCAGAGAUGACAUUGUCGACCUAUAACGCAAAUCUUUGGGUCAUUGUUUUCUUAUUGCUUCAUGACCACUGUGAUAAUAAGAACAAAAAGGUAGUGAGUAUGUUAGUUGUAGCAAUCGUCUACAUAGAGCUUUCCUGUGAUGUAACUUACAAUAGGUGUAGAGCUUCAGGCCCUUGUGUCCUGCAUUGAUAUGCUCUAAUAUCACCCAAUGUUCCCAGCUGUGGUGACUCCAUCUGUAACGGCCUGUUAACUGCUGCCCUGACGCGCCUCUCUGCUACAGUGUAAAGGGGAAGAGGACGAACUCAGGAACUGCAGCUUUUAGGCCAAGCAAGUUGAAUAUAAUUGGUUGACCAACUGAUUAGAAAGGCAUUAGACAGCAAAUCAGAUCAAACUUGAGGCAGCCACUGAAUCAGACACUGAAUGCGUUGCCUCACUCAUUGUAUUUUAUAUACAAAAUCCCUCCGGUUUUCUCUAUGUUGCCUGCAAUUCAUCCCGAAUGAGCUAUAUAAUCAUCAUGACAUAUACAAUAAACACAUUUUAUUCAGCAUUUUAAAAAACCUGAUGCGAUCAAACCAAUGUAAUAUAGGCAAGCAAUUCAAUACAACACAAACUUCUUUGCUAAAGUGGUCCAGAAUUAUUAAUAUAUAUAAUUACAUCAACUUAAACUCUGUGUGUGUGUGUGUGUGUGUGUGUGUGUGUGUGUGU